UCCAGUUGUAGUUCAGUGAACUGUGAACUCAAUCUAUUAUUGCACUAUGGCUAUCCCUCGAGCAUUUGCUUCGCUCUCCCUCACCCUGUUCCUUGUUGUUUCUCCUCUUUGCUGCAUGGCCAAGGAUAUAAUCUACUCUGGAGAAUCCCUCAAUACCGGGGAAUUCCUGACCUAUGAGAGCUACAAAUUCAUUAUGCAGUCCGAUUGCAACCUGGUCCUGUAUGCGAAUGGCAAAGCACUAUGGGCUUCCGGCACUAACGGCCGAGGCACCAGCUGCUAUCUCAUUCUCCAGAGUGAUGGUAACUUGGUCAUUUACGACAAAAACAAUAACGCUGUGUGGGCGAGCAACACCAACAUAGGACAAGGCAAUUACGUCCUCAUCCUUCAGAAAGAUCGCAACGUCGUCAUCUAUGGUGGUGCACUUUGGGCAACCAACACUAACAAGAGGACUGGCGUUAUGUUCAUCGAAAGUAAGGCCACCAUCUUCGGUGCUUUGCCCGCUAACAAAACUACAGAUGAAGUCAAGGCUGCACGCAUUGCCAUGGUCGUCAACAAGUGAUGCUGAAGUUCACUGAGCAAUAAAAUAAGCGCAUUUGUUCAUGCAUGCCCAUGCGUGAAUUAUAAAUGAUGAGUAAUAUAAUAAUUUGCCGUGCCUUAAUUAUAUUAUGUAAUGUUGCCGGUGUAUUUAUUUUCUAUUGUUGCUUAUGAUGGAUAUCAUGCUUUUAUAAUGCGAUGUAUUAAUUCGAUCU